AUGCUACUGCUGCACGGAAUCGUCUCGUUGGCUUCUUUUCUGUCGUUUUUGGAAGCUCGUCGCUUGACGGAAGCGGAAAAUCAUCUAUUGCAGAGGACUUGUGGAGGUAAGAAGAGUUUGUGAAAGUUAAAAUUCGCUAAAUAAAUGGCUCAAAAUCAUGUGGAAAAUUUUUUAUCGGAAGAUUUUUAUAAGAAAAUAAUUUAUGGAACCAAUUUUUGAAGACGUUAUCUUAAGAAUACUGCUCAUACGUCUCUUUUUAAAGCCUCAUUUUCUGAAAUAUUUUAGUGAAUUACUUUUUUCUUCAUUUAAAACUCAUGGGAACUAUCUCAAAAGAACGAUAUUAAUGAUUAAAACAGCAAAAAAAAAUCAUCAAUAUUGAAAAACUGAACUAAAACCAAGCACAGAGAUUGAUAAAAAAAAAUCGAAACCCUCAAAGAAAACUUUUCCAAUUGGAGCGCAUUUUCAUCUAAAAAAAUAGCCUUUCAAGUUCAAUUUUUCCAGUCAGAGCCGGAAACCGGAAAGUUCUCUACGGACAAGAGGUCGAAACGACUGAAGCUCCAUGGGCCGUCUCCAUCACCGCUAUGAUGCAAAAUGGUUUGUAAAUUUGGACUUUUUUUUUCCACAAAAUGGGAAGAAAAUAGAAUUUUUCAAGGUCUACAAACGCUCGGCACAGGAACGCUGAUCUCUCCACGCCACAUUCUGACAGCUGGCCAUCUACGUCUCAUCAAUUAUUCACCUUGCGAUUAGUAACAUAAUUUUUAUUUAUUUUUUUAAACUUUAAAACCAUUGAAAAAAAGCAGAUAAUGAAAGAAAAAUAUUCGGAUACUCUGUGACGAAAAAAAAUAAAAAAAGAGGACAGAAGUUCAGAAAAAAAGCUCCAAGGAUAAAUAUUAGAUCAUUAUCUUCUUAUGGGAUUUUUGACCAAAUUUGAAAUUUCGAAACGCUUUAUAGAAGUCAUUCUAAUUGCUUCGAAGCCGAAAAUUCAAAAACACGCAACUCUGCUCAAAAUCAUCUUAGCGUUAUGAAAUUUGCGGGGGUGGAGGGGGGCUACCAGAGGGGCUCUUGGAGAUCCCUUUGAGGACCACUUUAUUAGCCCCUGCAGGGACCCCUAAAGCUUGCAAAAGCGGCCCCUAUAAGGGUUCCAGUUGGUGGACCUAAAGAGACAUGCUAGCUGCCUCUAUAGGGACUGUUAUUCCUUUAACCCCUAUGGGGACCACUUUGAAAGCUUGCUUAAUUUUCAAAAAUAACUCAGCUCUCCGAUCGACUACACGUUGAACCCGGAAAACCUCGUCGUCUUUUUCAACACGACCUGUUCCACUCCAAAUAAAUGCGCAAGAAUGGGUCUGCCCCAGGAAAUGAUCUACAGAAAUGUAGUACAGGUAUACUCGAAUUUUGUCGAGAAAAAUGUAUUCAAAAACGUUUCCUUGUAGAUGUACCACCCAAGAGAAUACAUCGGCUACACGUGUCCGAGAGGAAAAUCUCAAGGCGAUAUGUUGAUAAUGGAACUGGACCGUGAUGUUCUACCGAAUGAAUAUUUGUUCCCCGCCUGUUUGCCAGGUACCCUAAUAGAUUUAUAUUUUAAAAAAAGUCGUGAGCAUCAAAAUGAAGUCAAAACCAUGGGAUUCGAUCAGAAGAAGUGGAAAUUGCGGGUCUUAAACUUAACGUAGUCGGUAGGAAAAUAAAAUGACGUCAUCUUGAGACUUAUGUGACGUCACCAAGUUUUUUGAGAACAUGUAAUAUUCAGCUUUAAAAAAAAGUAGAAGCCAAAAAAAAUAUGACGAUUCUUAUGAAAGUAUGACUUUUUGGACCUAUGACAUACAUUUUUCCGUGAUUCAUGACGUCAUCGAAACUUCUUAAAAAUGACGUCAUAUUUUCGUUCCAGACCCCGACAUCAAGCUCUACGAAGGCCUGACCACUCAUUUGUACGGUUUCGGAGGAGAUCGUAAGUUUCGAUUAUCUAAUAUUUUUUCGAAAUUAAAUUUUCCAGCUUCCGCAAGGGGAGAGAAAAACGCUCAGAUCUUGAAACGAUUGGAUAGUCAGGUUUGUUCAAAUCAUGACAUCAUCUUUCGAUAAGAUAGGAAGUUGAUAUUAUGAAGGAGAUAAGGGGAUGAUGUUCCGUUCCAUAUUUGGAAAACAUGAAUAAGGGUCCAAAGUAUUCAGGUUUCGAAAAAGACAAAUUUUAUCGAAAGGAGAGAAUUUUCAAGUAUUUCAGGGGAUUUUCUCGGGUAUAUGAUAAUCGGGCCGCGAAAAUCGAGUCCGCAAAAUCGAGCCGCCAUUUCUACAGGGCGAGACGAACAGAGAAAAAAAAAUAGUGUAGAAAUUUAGGCUCGAUUUCCCAGGCUCGAUUAUCAUAUACCCGAUUUCUCGAAUUAGUAGUGAAUUUUAAAAAUUUCCAAAGCUUUCUCCUGAUAGUCAAUAUAGUCCAGUCGCUGUCAAGUAGUCUUAAAGUUCAAAAUAUCAUUGGAAAACAGGAAAAUUCAGGGCCAAUAAGGAAACUUUUUCUCACGAAAAUUUUCCUCUGUAGUCUCUCUCAAAGUUUCCCUACUAAGAAACUCCAGAGUGAUCCCUAUAGGGGCAAGGUUACGGACCUUUGUUGGUUCCCCUCUAGGGACCACCCUACCGUCCCCUAUAGGAGCCACUAAAGUUUGCCAAAAUGAUCCAUAUAGAGGACAUGCUAGUCGAUUAUUGUCAGCAGAGGAUAAAUUUUUCAAGCUUGCCAUUUUAAUUUUAUUAGGUUGGUAACUAAGUUUCCGAUAUUUUUGGUGUAAACAAACUUCAUCAUGUUUAGCAGGGGAAUAAAAGAGCAAAAAGGUGGCGGACUGUGCCUUGAACCAGUUGGUCAACCAGCUUCUGAGUUGCAUCUCGUCGUCGAAUUUCUGCUUCCCGAGGGCUCGUUGAAAGUGGGAGAAAAGGUGAAAAUCAGAAGGGGCAAGGUCAGGGAAGUAUGGUGGAAGAGGUAAAACAUGCCAUCCGUACGUCUCCAACUCAGCCUUCGUCGAUCGGGCUAUGUGUGGCCGAGCGUUGUCAUGUUGGAAGUAGAAAACGGCCUGAUUCUCGUGUCUGUUUUGGACGCCGAGUCUCAGUUUUCGCAGCUGGUCAGUGUAGGGGUUGGCGUUGUUGUACGACCCUUUUGGUAAAAGUUCCCAGAACUCCACGCCUCGAACCGACCACCAGAUCGACAGCAUGGCUUUUUUCGCGUGUAGAUCCGCUUUAGCGACGUCUUCUGGCUUUACAUCUUUGUCUACUCAUUGAGGACGGCUCUGAGCAUUAUCACGGAGGACCCACUUUUCAUCUCCAGUGAUGUGGUUGUCCAGCCAUCCGUGCGUUCCGUGGAGAGGGAGAAGAAAAAGAGUCAUGUAGACUCUGCGAUCCUUGUCGUAGUCGGUCAAUGGGCGGGGUAUCCAUCGGCCCAUCUUUUGGACCUUUCCGAUUUUUUUUCAUUUCUUUUUAGAUAGUGGUAUUGCUCCCCCAGUGUGGCUUUCAAUUCCCAGGUGGUUACAUAAGGAUCGGUUUAAAUUUGGAUGCGCAGCAGGUCCAGAUCCAACUCGGACGGCCGAUCCGACCCCUCACCUUCAGUCAUGGAAAAAGCCCUUUCGAGAACUUGUUGAACCAAAAGCUGAUGAUGCUUUGAGAGGGCGCAUGCUCUUCGUAUACGUCCUUGAUACGACGUUAGGUGUCAGGUUGAUUGCUGCCAGAAAAGAACAAAAACAGAAAUGUGUGUCGAAUGUGAGCUCGGUCGUGGAUGAAUCUAUGGGUCGUCCUCGAAGGGGAACGAAGGAGAGACUGAAUCUAUCAGUGGUUUACGUAGAGGAGACUUCCCUCCUGCUAGCCUGCCUAGUGGCGAAACAAGAAGUGCAUCCAGUAAAACGUGGGAGCUAACCAAAAACACACCUCAAAAAUAUCGGAAACUUAGUUACCAACCUAAUAAAAUCUGAACAAAAAUUUAAAAAACAGUUUGAGGACCAAUUGAGCUUUAAGUGCUUGGGGGUCAGACUCUUAGCCCCUAUAGAACCCCCUGAAUGUUACCCCUAGAAGGGGCCCUUUUUGUCUUCUAUGGGGGCUGUUUUUCCCGUAAACCUUAUAGGACCACUCUGGUGCUCCUAAGUAUACUCAUCUUGAAGUUCAAUGGAUUUCGUUCAUAGAUGAUCAAGUUCAGAGCUUGUUAAGCCCGGGAGGAGGGGGUGGCUUCCAAGUAUUCAGAAAAAUUAGGGGUAAAGUCCAUUUUUUACCCGAGGAAGGUACCUUUGGCCAAAAUAAUACAAGUUUCCGCCUCAGGAAGACAGUAUCAACUUUAAUUUAUGAAAAAUCGGGAAGGGUCGGCGGCCGUUGAAAUUAUGGUUUCGUUUAAUCUUCAAGCGAAAAUUUUCUUUUGAAUUUGAGAAGUUCAAGAUUCCCAGACCACUAUUAAAACUUCAAAGUCUCCUUUCAAGCUUAUCCAAGAAGCCUUUGGAAAACUUUCCUUCCAAAAAUUAUGUCAUUUUUUCUCAUUUUUCAAAUUCCUCACCGUCUUUUCUGCUUGAAGAUUGUGAGAUGUCGAGGAAUCGAGUCACGAAGCGAUCUGGACGACAUAAUUUGCACGGAAUCCGAGUCGGCUGGCCUUGCCUGCAAGGUACCUUUCCUUUUUCCUUUCAUUUUUUGCCUUUUUCUAAAGUAGGAGGCUUCUUUUAAAUGAUUUUUAUUUCUCAAGCCUCACCAAGGACUCAAAAAAUGACAAUAAAGAUAUGAAUUAGACGAGGAAAAGAUGGAAGUAAACCCAAAAAAAUUAUUUUUCUUUCAAUCAAAAAAGUUAAUUGCACAUUUUUACAGGGCGACAGUGGCUCCGGGGUCAUUCAAAAAAUCGGCGGAAAGGUCGAAAUUAUUGGAGUUUUGUCGGCCGGUAUCGAUUGUCCAAUCGUUAUGAAACGUCAGCAGGAAUCGAUUCGAGGUAAUUAUCAAAAUUUUUUUCAAAAAAAGUUGAAGUUUUUGGGUUAAUUUCGUAUGCAAAAACUAUUCAAAGAGCAAGAAAGUCGAUAUUUUUCAAAUUCGAGAUACAGGCUAAUUUCUGAAAAAGUUCCUUGUUUUUGAAAAAGUCUCUACUUGGAAAAACUCUAGGGGCCACUUAAGAAGUUGCUCAAGGUCUUCUUGGUGAGGACACUAAAGGGGUCACUAAAGCGAUCUCUAUAGAAGCCCCUAUAUCACGCCUUAAUGACCACUUUAGUAGUUUUUAGUGGUCUAAUAGAAUCCAAUAAACUUCUAAAGAGGCCACUAAGUUUUUUUUUUCACUUGAGUGGCCACUAAUUUCACUACUAUAAUGGCCACUAAAACUUCAAAACCCUGAAGUGGCCACUAGAAGUUUGCCCAGCCUCUUCAGGGUACCCAGUGAACAUCGAAAAAUGGGCAUUUUGAAAAAUUUUAGAAUCUCAGUAAUUUAUCAGACGAAAAUUGUGAAAAUCCAAAAAGCUUGGUUUUUCAAGAUGAUUAACAUAAUUUUUCAAAGCGUUUUUUUAGAUAUUAGGUGGGAAAAGUCGAUUCUUCCGUUGAUAGAUUAAUGAUAAAACCUUGAUAAAAUUUCGAAAGUUCAGAAAAAUUGUCUCUCAAGAUAAUGCUUUUUUUCCACUUUUUCUAUAUUAGUUUUUGAAGAGCUUCUGUUCGAAAGUCCAGCUUAAAAAAAUCAUUUCAAGCCAUAGAUUUUUUUCGAAAAAUGUUUAAAUUUUUCGAAAUUCCAGCCAAGCAAAAUCUCUUCAUGGCCCAAGACAUCAUCGUCUCUUCAAUUUACUACUCCGACUUCAUUUGCCAAGCGACGGGAGUUUGUCGAAAAUGGUGA